AUGGCGAUGGAAAGAUCGCUGAGAUCGUGUGGUAGACCGGUCCUAUAUUUAUUGUCGCGCACAGACACAAAUGUGAAGUUUAAUAGGGGCAUAUACUGUUUUAGCAAUCAUGCUUCGGAAAAAAGCAGCAGAUUAGCGGAAACGACAACGGCAAACACAGAUACCCCCGACUUCCGUGUGUUUGAGAUCAAAGGGCUUAAACAGCCUGAAAGGAGGAGAGCAAGAAGGGUCCAAAAAACAGAAGUUCCACCUGAUAGGUCCCAGCGUCUCAAACCAGAACAUGAUUGGACGGCUGUUUGGCCAGCACGGUCCACAUUUAAAUCCUCUGUUGUGCCAUUUCCUGUGAGACAGGGCUAUGCCAAGAAUGCAGAUGAGAAUAAAGGUGUAUCCCCAGCAGCUUAUGCUAAUGCAGAGUUGAUGAAGAUCCCCAACUUUCUUCACCUAACACCUGCUCAUAUCAAGACACAUUGCCAGGCCUAAAGAGUAAGUGAAUUCUGUACACCUUGGCCUAAAGGACUGGAAACAGAUGAGAAAUGUAGGGCACAUUUCCCCCUAGAGGUGAUAUCAUCUAAUUACUUGUCAGCAGGUCCAUCAAUACGCAACCCCAAAGCCAGAGGAGUCACAUGCAAGUUGAAGCUGCCCAGACUGGAAUUGGAUUAUCAUGGCCGAGACAAGCUGAUCCGACUUGUGGGGGACAAGUACAACCCUAAAUCACAAGAAAUCACACUUCACAGUGAUAGAUGCCCUAUGGUAAAACAGAACAAGGACUUUGUCAUAUAUCUUCUAACAGCCUUAUACUUUGAAUCCCAGAAAGUAGAACCAUGGGAAGAAGAAAAGACAGCUGCAGAUAUGGAGCAGUAUUUUUGGGACAUCAGCAAAUCCAAGACUUCUGUUGUUAGGCUUCUGACCCGAAUUCAUCAGGUCAACCGAAAUCAGACAGAGAAUGAUGCCAGCCCUGGAUCUCCAGCUUUAGGCGAAGUGCCCAACCCUGAGGAUCUACUAAAGAUGGAGACAGUACAAGACUACAAGGCUGCCACCUGUGAUCUGAUCAAUAAGGGAGAAGACCAAGCCAACAUUAACCAUUAUAAACAGGCUGUGAUGAAACUUCUCAAUCUGCGGAGUUAAACCUGAUUGCCUGGCCUUCACCUUACUUUUGUUUGUUUGUUUUUGUAGAAUAACGUGUAUUUUACAGUGUUGACAUAUUAAUCAUGUGGAAUA